AUAGAAAAAAUCUUGAGUUUUUUUUUUGCUGAAAUUUAAUAAGUGUUUAAUUUGAUGUGCUAUUGAGCACACAGUUGUGGACAUAUUGGCGAAAGUGGGAGUGGCAGCGCGCCUACCGUGUGUGGCAAAAGUCUCAAACAAAAGUAACUGCGUGUCUUUCCACGGCGUAUCUUGGCGUUGAUAACCUCAAAAUGCUUACGAAAACUGCAAAAAUGCCUUUUAAAACUAAGUCUAUAAUUUUAUUAUCGAAAAACGCAAAAAUCAACAAAAUCGACAAUAAGAAGAACAUAGUUAGUCGAUAUCUGCAACACAACCACAAGCAGCGAAGAAAAAGCGACGUCAAAACGUACAACGACAAGUGCCAAAAUGUCAACACUAUCGUUACGUAUACAGUUAGAGGGUGGCCGUGUCACAAAGACCAUACAAUUCCAUCCCAAUACGACAGUAUUUGAUGCCUGUAAAAUUAUACGGGAUAAGUUUGCCGAAGCUGUGCAGGGACAACCCAGCGAAUAUGGUCUAUUUAUAUCGGAUGAGCAACAUCAACAGGGCGUUUGGCUGGAAGCCGGCCGUACACUCGGCUAUUAUAUACUCCACAAUCAGGACACGCUGGAAUAUCGACGUAAGCUACGUACGUUGCGUGUGCGUAUGUUGGACGGUGCCGUGAAGACCAUACUUGUCGAUGACUCGCAACCGGUGUCGCAAUUAAUGGUGGUCAUUUGCACGAAAAUUGGCAUCACCAAUCAUGAGGAGUAUGGACUGGUGCGCGAGGAUAACGAGGCGCAGAAUGAGAGCCUGCCGGAUAAUAAGUUUGGCACGUUGACGUUGCGUCGGAAAUUCACCGAAAAGGAUCGUGAUGCGAAGAUGGAAAGUUUGCGCCGGAAGCUGAAAACCGAUGAUGAAAUCAAUUGGGUGGAUGUCGGUAAGACGUUGCGCGAACAAGGCAUUGAUGAGUCGGAAACGGUUUUGUUGCGUCGUCGCUUCUUCUUCUCGGAUCAAAAUAUUGACUCACGUGAUCCGGUGCAAUUGAAUUUGUUGUACGUGCAGGCGCGUGACGCCAUACUCGAUGGCACACAUCCCGUUACACAGGAUAAAGCUUGUGAAUUCGCUGGCAUACAAGUGCACAUACAAUUCGGCCCACACAACGAAGCCAAGCAUAAGCCCGGAUUUUUAGAUUUAAAGGAUUUCCUGCCGCAAUCCUACGUACGUGUGAAGAACAUUGAAAAGAAAAUAUUUGCUGAGCACAAGAAACACGCCGCUCUGACGGAAAUCGACGCCAAAGUCUUGUAUACGAAGACGGCACGUGAGCUGCCUACCUACGGUGUGACAUUCUUCUUGGUGAAGGAGAAGAUGAACGGACGCAAUAAGUUGGUGCCACGCUUGUUGGGCGUGACCAAAGAUUCCGUAUUGCGUUUGGAUGAACGCACCAAGGAGAUUUUAGUAUCGUGGCCAUUGACGACGGUACGUCGUUGGGGCGCCUCGCCGAAUACCUUCACAUUGGAUUUCGGUGAUUAUGCCAAUCAAUAUUACUCGGUGCAAACAACCGAGGCUGAGCAAAUUGUACAGCUAAUCGCUGGUUAUAUUGAUAUUAUAUUGAAGAAGAAACAAACCAAAGAUCAUUUUGGUAUCGAGGGAGAUGAGGGCUCCACUAUGGUGGAGGAGUCAGUUGCGCCCUCAAAAGCAACAUUCUUGCAACAUGAAACAAAUAAAAUUGGUAAAAUCAAUACUGAGUCGCUGGCACAUCCCGAAAUACUGCGUGCAUCCGAUGGCGAGCGCAAGUAUACGCAAGGCGAAAUGCAAUCGGUGCAAUAUGGCGCCUACGUGGGGCAAGUUAACCACGCCCAUCAACCGCCAACGACGAAGGAGGUACGCAUAAGCACUGUGAACCUAACCGAACCGCAACGCGCGCUACUCGGCUACAUCUCGGCGGGUCAAGAUGUCUUGCUGCGUGCCGAUGAGGAGCUUAGAACGAAGGCGCCCAUACAGGAGCUCGGCACCGACUUGCGUUCGAUCGAGUGGCGUGAGAACACUUUGGACACUUCGAAACAGGCUGUGACCAGUCAUGUGGCCACCAUGAAUGCGGCUACCGCACAAAUUAUAACCGCCUCACAGUUCGAUGAGGUCGAUACGGAGGCCAUUUCCGCAUCCGUUUCACAAAUAACACAAACCAUACCAGAAGUAACGAAGGAGGUGCGUCUAAUCGCCGCGCUCAUGGAGGAUAGUAACAAUGGUGAUCGUUUGUUGGAUGCCGCGCGUAAUUUAUGCAAUGCAUUCAGCGAUUUGUUGAAGGCCGCCGAGCCAGAGAGCAAAGAACCUUCACAGAAUCUCAUCAAUGCCGCUAGUCGCGUGGGUGAGGCGACGACGCAUGUGCUCAGCACCAUUGCUGAAGAGGAAGCGCCUGAAAAUAGUGAUUUGCAUGAUAUGCUGCUGACUUUGGCCAAGGCCGUGGCGAAUACCACAGCCGCUUUGAUGUUGCGCGCCAAGGCGAUCGCGGCCAGCUGCGAGGAUGAGGAGUCACGCAAUCGCGUUAUUGGCGCGGCCAGUCAAUGCGCUUUGGCGACUAGUCAGCUGGUGGCUUGCGCUAAGGUUGUUGCGCCCACGUUGCAUAAUGCCGCUUGUCGUGAACAAUUGGAGGCGGCGGCACGUAAUGUGGCGCGCGCUGUUAACAACUUGUGUGAGGUGUGCAAUGAUGCUACCAAUGAUCCGAAAUUGAAGAAUGAUCUGCUCGCCGCCGCACGUGAUGUGUCGAAGAGUUUGAGUGAUAUGUUGGAUCAUGUGAAGUUGAGUUCGCGCGAAUAUGCUAGUCGCACCAGCCAAGAGAUGAGUCCGGUGGAGAAUGUUAUUAUCGGCACGGACAUACUGGUGGCUUCUAACGAUCCACAAGAAAUGGUACGUCACGCCAAAACGCUCGGACAAGCGACCGCACAAUUGAUACAGAGCAUCAAGGGUGAGGCGGAUCAGCAGAAGGAUGAGGAUAUGCAACGUCGUUUGCUUUCAGCUGCCAAGCAGUUGGCCGAUGCUACAGCAAAACUCGUCGAAGCUGCGCGCCUCUGCUCUGGUAAUCCACAAAAUACCGAAAAUCAAAAUGCUUUGCGUCGCGCGGCCGAAGAGUUGCGUGAAAUCACCACCACCACUGCAAAUACGCCAGCCAUGAAACGUAAUCUAAUUCAUCGUCUCGAGUACUGCUCCAAACAAGCUGCCUCGGCGGCUACCCAAUGCAUUUCGGCAGCACAGAAUGCCGUGCAGCAUAGUGAUGACCAUCAAACUAAGGAACAGUUGUUACAAGACUGCAAACGCGCGGCCGACACAAUACCACGUCUGGUGACCUCGGUGAAGACUACACGUUCCAGUCCAGACGAUCCCAAUGCCCAGUUAAAUCUAAUCGAAGCCGCUGAGCAAUUUAUCGAACCAGCCAUACAGGUAUCGCGUUCCGCACGCGCGCUACAACCCACCGUCACCGAUAUACCCUCAGCAACACAGCUGUCGAAGAGCGCGCUUUAUCUGGGUCAAACCGUGUCUGAAUUGAAUUCGGCCGCGCAACGUGCACGUGAAGCUUGCGGCGGUCAAGAAUUGGAGUCUGCUUUGGAGGCGGUGCGCAAUCUGCACAACGUGCUGGACGACACACGUAAGGCGGCGCAAUCGGGCAGCAUUCGUCCAUUGCCUGGCGAGACGGUCGAAAACACCGCACAACAGCUGCGCAUCUCUGCCAAAAAUGUGGGUCUGGCGCUCAGACAGUUGCUCUCAUCGGUUAUACAAGAACAACGUCGUUACGCAGGUGUGGCCGGACGUGAUACCGCUUUAGCGCUCGGUGAUUUCACAAAGAGCGUACAUGGCGUCGCGGCCACAACAAAGAACCCGGUUGUCAUAGACUGCGCCGACGAUGUGGUAUUGCAUUCGGCGCGCCUGAUCGAAGAAGCCCAACGCACGCUGCAAAAUGUCGGCAACACCGAUGCGUUAACCAAAGCUGGACGUGAUGUAACCGCUGCGCUUUCAAAGACCGUCGAUUGCAUACCUGGUCAACGUGAAGUGGAUAACGCUUUGCGUAAUGUGAGCGAAUUAAGUGAAAUACUCUCGAUGAGUGAAUUCCCACCGUCGGAACGUAACUACAACACAUUGCAGUCGGAGUUGAAACAAGUCGCCGAGGGACUCAGCGCGGCUAGUGGCCAAAUCGUACAGGCGUACGACAGUCCCGCACAAUUAGCCGAUACUAGCCAAAACUUUGCCACCAACUAUCGCGAUCUGCUCGCUGUUUCAAUGGAGAUGGUCGGUCAAACGCCCGAUGAGGUCGUACGCUCCGAAAUGAUCGACCGUUUGCGCAAUGUCUCCACCCAAUCUUGUUCAUUACUAUCUGCCGCCAAGUCCAUUGCCGCCGAUCCAGGUCAACCAAAUGCCAAGAAUCUAUUGCAUGCCGCAGCUCGUAGUGUCAUCGAAAGCAUAAACAAACUCGUCGACGCCAGCAUACAAUCGGCGCCGGGGCAAAAGGAGUGCGACAAUGCCAUACGCAACAUUGAGGGUCUGCGCGUAAUGCUGGACUAUCCACAUGAGCCCAUCAACGAACAGGGCUACUUCGAAUGCGUCGAGAAUGCAACCGGCAAGUCACGCAAUUUGGGUUACGCCAUUUCCGAGAUGAUUAACAAUGCAAAACAAUCGAAUCACGUUGGUUUUGGUCAGUCGGUGAACACCGUGGGCGAGUCCAUACACAGCUUGAUCGAGUCAUCUGCACAGGCCGCCUAUUUAAUUGGUGUAUCGCAUCCGAGUAGCGUCGCCGGGCGUCCGGGUAUCAUUGAUCAGGCUCAAUUGAGCUGGGCCUAUCAGGGCAUUCGUCAGCAUUGCGAGAUUGUGAGCAGCGCCAAAGCCACGAAACAGCAAAAGAUAUCGGCGCUAACGGUAAUCGCCAAGCAUACCAGCUAUUUGUGCUCCAUCUGCCGACAGGCCAGCAUGAACACCAACAAUCCGGUGGCAAAGAAUGAGUUCAUUGUGUUGGCUAAACAAGUUGCCACAGCCACCUCGAACUUGGUACAGGAGAUAAAGAGUAUUGAAGACGAGCCAUCCACACCAACGCGCGCACGUCUCGUAGAACCGCUAUUGGAGUCUGUGAAAGCGGUACGUCAAUACGCUUCCAGUCCGGAAUUCAUUUCGGUGCCAGCAAAGAUUUCCGCCGAAGGUCGCAAGGCGCAAGAACCAGUUAUCAAUGCCGGACGCGGUGUUAUCGAUGGCGUGAUCGAAAUGGUGAAGGCCGCAAAAUCAUUGGCGCUCUCGCCGGAUGAUCCACCAGUAUGGCAACAACUUUCCAAUGCCUCAGCACCCGUCUCCGAAUCCGUGAAACGUUUGGUAGACAACAUACGCGAUAAAGCGCCGGGUCAAGCGCAAUGCGAACAAGUGUUGCAUACGCUGAACACGUGCACUCGUGAAUUGGAUAGCUGCGCCAUGGCUGUCAGCGCACAAGGUUUGAGUCAACGCCGCGAUAAUAAUUUACAUGGCUUCAGCGGUCAAACCUUGAAUUCCGCCGCUGAGUUAAUUGACAAGCUCGAACCUAUACGCAUGGCGGGCAAGAACAAUGCCGAGCAAUUGGGACACGCUGUCGGCGAGAUUUCACGCUACAUUGUGCCCAUGGUGAAUGGCGCCAUCGGCGCUUGCACGCACAUCGUUCACACUAACCAACAAAUGAGUUUGAUCAACCAAACGAAAUCGGUGGUGGAGAGCGCUGUCACGCUAGUGCAAGCCGCUAAAGAUUCGGCCGGCAAUCCACGUUCCACACAUGCGCACACACACUUGGACGAGUCGAUCGAUUACACGCGUCAAGCGAUACAAGAGCUAACGGAAACUGUGGAGAAGAUCAACGCGGACAUGGGUGUCGUCACGGGUCUGAUGGAGCAAGUGAAUCGUGCCAUUACUCGUUUGACCGACAAACGUCAAUCGUUGCUUAAUGCCUCCUACUCCGACUCCUUCGUUGACUAUCAAACACGCAUGGUGCAAUCGGCUAAGGAAAUUGCGCGCCUAGCAAAUGACAUGAACGCUAAGGCAACCAUCGAACCGCAACUACUGCCGCAAAUUGCCUUAGAAAUGACACAGCAUUACACGCAGUUGACACAGGAUUCGGUGGGCGCAUCCACGACCACAUCCACACCGGAUGUAGCUAUGCGCAUACGUUCGAGUGUGGUGGAUUUGGGUCGCUCGGUGAGCUCUAUGAUACAAUCGGGCGCAACUGGCGCACGUCCCAACGACGUGUCGAGUCAAGGCGAAAUCGCACGCAACGCACGUGACGUCUCCGAAAAGGUCGCACAGGUUUUGGCAGCGCUACAAGCCGGUUCACGCGGCACGCAAGCAUGCAUUAAUGCGGCGCACACCGUGUCCGGCAUAAUUGGCGAUCUCGACACGACCAUCAUGUUUGCCACCGCCGGCACCUUGCAUUCGGACGGUGAUGGCUCAUUCGCCGAUCAUCGCGAACAUAUUCUACAAACCGCCAAGGCUUUGGUGGAGGACACAAAAGUACUGGUCACUGGCGCUGCAGGCACACAAGAGGAACUGGCGAACGCCGCACAGAACGCCGUCUCAACUAUAUUACAACUUUCGGAAGCUGUUAAGCGUGGCGCUUGUAGUCUAGGCUCUACACAGCCAGAUUCGCAAGUUAUGGUUAUCAAUGCCGUUAAGGAUGUCGCCUCUGCUUUGGGUGAUCUGAUUAAUGCCACCAAAUUGGCCUCAGGCAAACCCAUACACGAUCCGUCGAUGCAAGAUUUGAAGGAGAGUGCUAGGGUAAUGGUGCUAAAUGUAUCUUCAUUGCUGAAGACUGUCAAGGCUGUUGAAGAUGAACACACACGUGGCACACGUGCUAUGGAGUCCACCGUCGAAGCCAUUUCACAGGAAAUACGCGCCAUCCACUCACCACCACCACCCGGCAGCGCCCAUUGUGGUCCUGAAGAUUUGAUACGCGUCACCAAGAAUGUGACAUUGGCCACGGCAAAGGCCGUCGCCGCCGGUGCUUCCAAUUUACAGACCGAUAUUGUCGCAGCCGCCAAUUUGGGUCGUCGCGCCAUAUCCGAAAUGCUACUAAUUUGCCGUUCGGUUGCAUGGAAUUGUGCCGAGACGGAAGAUUUGCGUCAACGCACACUCGAAGCUGGUGCCUCUGUCGGCGAGUCCUAUCGUGAACUCUUGAAUGGCAUACUACACAAUUGUUCGGCCGAUGAUCGUGUGCAUUUAUCGCGUCGUGUGGCGAAGAGCGUUACCGAUCUGGUGGCUAUGGCGCGCCUACUAAAGGGUUCAGAUUGGAUUGAUCCCGAAGAUCCGACAGUGAUUGCCGAAAACGAGCUGCUCGGCGCGGCGGCAUCUAUUGAUGCGGCGGCUAAGAAGCUGGCGUCGCUACGGCCGCGUCGCCAACCCGAUGUGAAGAUCGAGUUGGACGAGAACAUGAAGUUCGAUGAAAUGAUAUUGGAAGCCGCCAAAGGUAUUAUGGCCGCUUCGUCGGCUUUGGUGCGCGCUGCCAACGCGGCGCAACGCGAACUCAUCGACCAGGGUAAAGUGGCGCGUCGUCCGCUCACCUCCUCCGAUGACGGACAAUGGUCGGAGGGCCUUAUAUCGGCAGCGCGUCUUGUUGCUGCCGCCACGCACAGCUUGGUCGAGGCCGCACAGAAUUUGGUGCGCGGCGUAGGCACCGAAGAAAUGCUAAUUUCCACCGCCAAGCAAGUGGCCGCCUCAACGGCACAAUUGCUUAUUGCUUGCAAAGUGAAAUCGAACCCCAAUUCGGAAGCUGGACGCCGCCUGCAAGCGGCAGGCAAUCAAGUGAUCAAGUCUACAGAAAAUUUGGUGCGCGCUGCACAACAGGGUUUGGAGGAUGAGGAGGAGAAGACAUUGAAAAUCAACACCUCGAUGGUGGAUGGCAUGGCGCAGGAGAUUAAUGCGCGCUCCGAUGUGCUGCGCAUGGAGAAGCAGUUGGAGGAGGCGCGCCAGAAACUCAUCACCAUUAGACAUGCGCGCGCGAUGCAGAAGAAGACACAAGGUUUUGGCACAGACGAGAGUGACACGGAGUAUGCGCAGUCCACCUAUGGCACAUUGCAGAAGAGUCAAAAUAAUACACUAAACCGUUCGGCGGGCUACCCCUCGGACGUGCCCACCUCGCCGAGUUAUUACAGCCAACAACAACAACAGCAGGCCAAGCAUCAUUACAACUACGCGACACAUCCACAGCAUUUCCAUCAUCCCGCCGCUGUGUCGCCACCGCCACCACCGAUGAGCCACCAAUAUGCCAGCGUUGGUGAUUUGAAUGGUGGCAUCGAGUUGCCACCGCCGCCGCCACCACUCUCCACCACACUCUACAACAUGCAGGCAGCCACUGCGGCCGGCAGUGGUGGCAGCACAUUUAGACCUAACCCCAAACUAACAGCCAACGCCGUGCCACGCCCCUAUCCCGGUAGUCCGACAGCAGGUGGUGCUGGUGGCAGUUUAUUAGGUACUAACAGCGGUGUUAGCGGUGCUAAACUCACACAAUCACCCACUUCUAAAGCGAAUGUUAGUAAUUAUCAUCAACAACAACAACAAUCUUUUGAAAAUACCACCACCGCUACAACAACAAUCGCUGGCAAUGCUGCUCAUCAAACGCAGUCACCACAACAGAAGUCAUCGUCGUCGGUUAAUCGCAAAUUGGAAGCUUGUGUACAGGAUUUGCAUGACAAGACGUUCGGCCAGGGUGGUGUGGUGCAGAUUACCGGUGCGGGCGCUUAUCCAGGUCAAAACUAUGAGGGUUAUACCUCGAGAUAUGAAACGCGCAAUUACGAGAAGAGCAAUGAAACGGUGGACAAACCAUUGGACUCCAACUUCUCGCAAUUAACGCUCAGCACUGACGGCGGCAAAGUCAGUAUCAUUGAUCAGGGCUCGGAGCGUUUGACAUCGAUGACACAGCGCGUAAUGGAACGCAAAACAUUUAGCACCACAACCGAGACGCGUUCGGAAAAGAAAACCGAGUCGCAUAGUUUUCGCAUGGAGUAGAUUUAAAUAAGUUAGUAGAGAUGCGAAUACACACAAAAGCAAAUAAGCGAAAAACAAAAACAAAAAAAUUGUUGUAAAUGAAUAUAAAAACAAAUAAUAUUUAUAAACAUAACAAAAAAUUAA